AUGCAGACCGUCGCAGCCAGCUAUGGCGUAUUGGCGCCCUCCGGCUCCAGCGUGACCCGGGGCUCGACCAGCAGCAAGCAGCACUUCACCACCCUCACUCCCUUUUCCGGCUUCAGGCGCCUGAAUCAUGUGGAUCGGGCGGGGCAGGCGGGGUCUGGGAGCCCCCAGACCCUGCAGCAGGCCGUGGGCAAGGCCGUGCGCCGGUCGCGGGGCCGCACCACCAGCGCCGUGCGCGUGACCCGCAUGAUGUUUGAGCGGUUCACCGAGAAGGCCAUCAAGGUGGUCAUGCUCGCGCAGGAGGAGGCUCGCCGUCUGGGCCACAACUUCGUGGGGACGGAGCAAAUCCUGCUGGGGUUGAUUGGGGAGUCCACAGGCAUCGCCGCCAAGGUCCUCAAGUCGAUGGGCGUCACGCUGAAAGAUGCGCGUGUGGAGGUCGAGAAGAUCAUCGGCCGGGGGAGCGGCUUUGUGGCCGUGGAGAUCCCCUUCACCCCCCGCGCCAAGCGUGUGCUGGAGCUGUCCCUGGAGGAGGCUCGCCAGCUCGGCCACAACUACAUUGGCACGGAGCACAUCCUGCUGGGCCUGCUGCGCGAGGGUGAGGGCGUGGCCUCCCGCGUGCUGGAGACCCUGGGCGCCGACCCCCAGAAGAUCCGCACUCAGGUGGUACGCAUGGUGGGUGAGUCGCAGGAGCCCGUGGGCACCACGGUGGGCGGAGGGUCCACCGGCUCCAACAAGAUGCCCACCCUGGAGGAGUACGGCACCAACCUGACCGCCCAGGCCGAGGAGGGCAAGCUGGACCCCUGCGUGGGCCGGGUGCGGGAGAUCGAGCGUGUGACCCAGAUCCUCGGCCGCCGUACCAAGAACAACCCGUGCCUGAUCGGGGAGCCGGGCGUGGGCAAGACCGCGGUGGCGGAGGGCCUGGCCCAGCGCAUCGCGGCGGGGGAUGUGCCCGAGACGAUCGAGGGCAAGCAGGUGGUGACCCUGGACCUGGGCCUGCUGGUGGCGGGGACCAAGUACCGCGGCGAGUUCGAGGAGCGGCUGAAGAAGCUGAUGGAGGAGAUCAAGCAGAAUGACGACAUAAUCCUCAUGAUCGACGAGGUGCACACGCUGAUCGGGGCGGGGGCGGCGGAGGGCGCCAUCGACGCGGCCAACAUCCUGAAGCCGGCGCUGGCGCGCGGCGAGAUGCAGUGCAUCGGGGCCACCACGCUGGACGAGUACCGGAAGCACAUUGAGAAGGACCCGGCGCUGGAGCGCCGCUUCCAGCCGGUGCUGGUCGCGGAGCCCAGCGUGGAGGAGACGGUGGAGAUCCUGGGCGGCCUGCGCGAGCGCUACGAGGCGCACCACAAGCUGCGCUACACGGACGAGGCGCUGUCCAGCGCGGCCAAGUUUGCCAGCCAGUACAUCUCCGACCGCUUCCUGCCCGACAAGGCCAUCGACCUGAUCGACGAGGCGGGGUCGCGCGUGCGCCUGCGCCACGCCGCCCUGCCCGAGGAGGCGCGCGACCUGGACAAGGAGCUGCGUGCACUGCUGCGCGAGAAGGACGCUGCGGUGCGCGGGCAGGACUUUGAGAAGGCGGGCGCCCUGCGCGACCGCGAGAUGGAGCUCAAGGCCCAGAUCGGGGCCAUCACCGCCUCGGCCAAGGACACGAGCGUGGCGGAGGCGGAGGCCGGGGGCGAGGCGGGGCCCGUGGUCACCGAGGCUGACAUCGCCAACAUCGUGGCGCAGUGGACGGGCAUCCCCAUCGAGAAGGUGUCGUCCGACGAGAACGACCGACUGAUCAACAUGGAGGGCGUGCUGCACGGCCGCGUCAUCGGCCAGGACGAGGCGGUGACCGCCAUUGCGCGCGCCAUCCGCCGCGCGCGCGUGGGGCUGAAGAACCCCGCGCGCCCCAUCGCCUCCUUCAUUUUCUCGGGGCCCACCGGCGUGGGCAAGUCGGAGCUGGCCAAGACCCUGGCCAGCUACUACUUUGGCUCCGAGGAGGCCAUGGUGCGCCUGGACAUGUCCGAGUUCAUGGAGCGCCACACCGUGUCCAAGCUCAUCGGGUCGCCCCCCGGCUACGUGGGCUACCAGGAGGGCGGCCAGCUGACCGAGGCGGUGCGCCGCCGGCCCUACACCGUCAUCCUGUUUGACGAGAUCGAGAAGGCCCACCCCGACGUCUUCAACAUGAUGCUCCAGAUCCUGGAGGACGGGCGCCUGACCGACUCCAAGGGCCGCACCGUGGACUUCAAGAACACGCUCAUCAUCCUCACCUCCAACGUCGGGUCGUCAGUCAUCGAGAAGGGCGGCGGCCAGAUCGGAUUCCAGCUGGAUACCAACGAGGAGGACCGGUCCUACAACCGCAUCAAGACGCUGGUGAACGAGGAGCUGAAGCAGUACUUCCGGCCCGAGUUCCUGAACCGCCUGGACGAGAUCAUCGUCUUCCGCCAGCUCACCAAGCUGGAGGUGAAGAGCAUCGCCGAGAUCAUGCUGCGCGAGGUCUUCAACCGCGCGCUGGAGAAGGGCAUCAAGAUCGACGUUACGGAGCGCUUCAAGGACCGCCUGGUGGACGAAGGGUACAACCCGUCCUACGGCGCGCGGCCGCUGCGCCGCGCCAUCAUGCGCCUGCUGGAGGACAGCAUGGCCGAGCGCAUGCUGUCGGGCGACAUCAAGGAGGGCGACAGCGUCAUCAUGGACGUGGACGCCGACGGCCAGAUUUCCGUGCUCAAUGGCGAUCGGAAACACACCAGCGUCAUCGAUGCCACCCCCGCCGGGAUCUCUUAG